GACUGCUGGUACAGGAGUUAACUUUCUACGCAGUGAUGGCAUGUUGUUUUAUUUUAUGCUUUAUUUUUUUGAAUGGUUUGUAGAGUGACACAAACACAUUGAAAACUGGCGAAUAAUACUGCUGACUAAUUGUAAGCCUGUGUGAGUUUGCAAAGAGCAUCCCAUGUAUUCUCAAGUGUCAGUCUCAACUUCUCAUUCCUACCAAAAGCAGCACAUGUUCCUGCUGGAAAAUUUACUCAGAUGGCCAUUACUGCAGCUAAAAAAAAGCUCCGUCAAGAUAUCAGUAAUGCGUUAAAGAAGAUAACCACAGAAGAGAAAUUGAGACAAGCUAAGAAAGUUCACGAAAGGUUAUUCAAUUUGCCGGAAUAUAAAAAAAGCACGAGAAUCUCGCUAUACCUAAGUACACCAGAGGAAUUAGACACUACAAGAAUAUUGAAAAAUAUUUUUGAAUUGAAAAAAUUGGCAUUUGUACCAAGAUAUAAUGGAAAAACUAUGGAAAUGGUCAGACUCUCGUCGAUGGAGGAUUACGAGAGUUUGCCAUUAACAAAGUGGAACAUCAAACAACCCGUUUAUAGCGAUGUAAGAGAGAAUGCUCUUGAAACCGGGGGGCUCGAUUUGGUGAUACUACCAGGUUUAGCUUUCUCUCUAGAUGGGAAACGUCUCGGUCAUGGUAUGGGAUACUAUGAUAAAUUUCUCCACUCCUGUAAGGAGAAAUCAUGUAAAAUGCCAUACUUGAUAGGAAUUGCAUUCAACGAGCAAAUUAAAGAAGAUAUACCAACGACAGAAGAGGACGUUAAUCUGGACUUAGUACUCACAGAACAAGAAAAUUGAAACAAAAUAAUAGCUCUGGAUGUUACAAGUUUUACAUCAGUUUUCAAAUAUAUAUUGAUGUUU